CGGGCAGAUGAGGAAGGGUUCAAUUAGGAGUGAGAUGAAGGGAAGGAGGGAGGAGUGUCUUUUGUGUGAUGAGGAGUGAGAAAUGUUGUGGGUGUCUUCCUGCUUAUGGUGUCUGUAGAAUCAAUUUCAUGACUCAGUUUUGCGUAUAUGUGCAAAAAUUGAACUACUCACACUUGUCUACAGUGCUGUGUACAUAUGUACACUUUGCUCGGCACUCGGCUAAUUGAAUUGUACUGUUGCUAGCAUGUUAAUGAUCAUACCAAGGUCAAGCCAGAAGGUUCUAUUUUUAAAGAGCGUGCAAACGGGUGGAGCAAGUUCAUGGGCGGUGUAUGUGUGUGUUUUUUCAGCGGCUUGGAAUGUACCCUGUUGGGGUAGAUUAGGGUCAUAUAAGGGAAGCGCGGGCACUGAAAAUGUUGUCAGACUCAGUUCACCAGGUGACCCUGUUGUGUACACUCAAAUUCCAGAUGCAGCCUUCUCACAGCGCACACAGCUCCAUCACAUGCUUGUUUGCCACAUGCACAGACCCCCACCCUUUGAAGUAGACCACAGAUUGUGGUGUAUCAGCAGCUGAUGUCUUACAUCAUGCCUUCUGAUCUCAUCAUCACUUUCGCCACAACAACUGCCUAUUUGUAAACAGUGCCCACAUCCAGACACACGCAUACCACC